AAAUUAACGGGAGACUGACAGAACACCACAAUAAUUCUGCAAGCAAUCAUGGCAUCAUCUGAAAGAUGAAGGAUUUAUUACUACAGAACAAUUCCCUACUUCAAAGUUUCAUUGUCAAAUGGAAUAGCUUAUUAAAACAUGUCUGAUGUAACCUCGAUACGAAUGGAUUUAAAGGUUGGGAGAGUUGAUGUGGGGGAUGUAUCAGACAAGCUUUUCCAAGAGUCAAGUGACUUAGAAGUAGGGAGGACUGAUGAGGAGGAUGCAUCCGAUAAACUCUUCCUUGGAUCAAGUGACACAAAUGACUACAUCAGUUCUGAUGAGGAAUCCAUGCUGGCAUUGGAAGACAACUCCACAAAGAGUUCAGAUGUUGUGUCUGAACCAUUGAAUUUGUGCAGUAAUGAGACCAAUGCAUUGUGUAAUGGUGCCAGAAAACCUGAUGAAAUAUCAUUUUCUGAAAAUGGAGCAGUAAUAGAGUAUGUUGACAUAAAUCUUCAUGAAGAAGAGACAGAAAAAACAGGAUACGAUAGCUCUACAAAUAUUUGCUUUGAGGAAUUUGAUGCAGGUUGUAAAUCUUAUGACAAAAGUCCAUGUUACAAGCUUCCAAAUCCUUGUCAAAUUUCCAGUGAGCUGUUAAAAGAACAGAAAUCUAAGAAUGGGAAGGAGGAAAGCAAUUCCACUAUUAGCUGUGCUCUUACUGAUGUUGAGAGUAAAGUGAAUAAUUGUGCCAAGAGAGAGAACUCCUUGAUAAGCACAGACCAAGAAUUACAGACAAAAAAUAUAUAUGGAUGUGGCUCAUGUGGGAAACAACUGAGUAGUAAAAGUGGACUAAGAAAACACAGGUGUUCGCAGACAGCAUAUACCUCCACCAUCAAUGCUGAGUCAUCAGAUGAUCAAGAGGAGUUGGUAUCUCCCCCACUGAAACAACUUCGAUGUGACUGGAACCUGAAGUACAGCAGAUCUGAGAUUGAAAGUGAUCUUCAACUUCACAUGUCAAGCCCCAGUGAACAGACCUACAGUUGUAACAUGUGUGGCAAAGAUUUCACGGGACAAAAGUACCUGCAGAAACACCACAGUAUUCACAGCGAUGAGAGAAGGGAGAUUGACUGUUCUGUAGGUGACAAGAAGAUUCAUGACAGUAUACAGUAUACUGAACCUAUUAAAACUUAUCAGGACAACUGUCCAUUUGUGUGUCAGAGUUGUGACAAGUCCCUCACUCAGUCUGUUGACUUGACGCAGCACCAGUCAGUGCAUGAUUGGGUUGAGAAUCACAAGUGUAACCAUUGUGAAAAAGUCUUUUCCGAUAUCAACUACCUCAUCGCACACAUCGAGGCAGAUCAUAAGGGAUUGAGCAAUAUCAUGUGCAUGUAUUGUAAUAAACAAUUUGAUCAUGUUGAUGCAUUCACCAACCAUUUAAAAACACACUCAAGUAACAACCUGUUGGAAUGUCAGAUACGUGAGAAAGUGUUCCAGGACACAAACGAGUUACAAUCACACCUGAGGACUCAUACAGAAAAACAACAGUCAUACACUAACUUUCUGGAAGGAAGUUUAAAAAGUUAUCAAAAUGAGGAUAGUCAUGAAGAACACAACAGUGAUUUAAAUUACAAUGUAAACAAGUCAUUAUCACCAAGGGCACAUAACUCUUCCAAGACUGUUGGUGUGAUGGCUAUGAAGGGUGAUACAGAAGUUAUUCCUGCUGAGGGCCAGGUUUUGGUGUCUGGGUCAGAAGAGGAUGUAGAGAUGGGAAAAGAACUGGGGGAGACGCAAGUGGCUGGUCAAGAUUCUUCAGAAAUGUCUUCUAUGAUAGCAGUUAAAGUCAAGGAAGAUGUUAAGGAAGCCAACAGCAGAUCUACUUGUUCACCAACUAAGUCAAACACACAAGCAUACACCUCGGUCAUAUCACACAAGCUAUAUGAUAACACAACGGCUGAGACUUCCCGCACUAAUACAUUCACACCUCUAAUACCAGAUGAUUCUGGUGAUCAUCGUGAUGACCUUGACCAGGUAGUGACCUUGAACACACCAGAAGGAGUUAUGUACCAGUGUAAGGUGUGUGGUUACCAGACAAGAAUCAGGCAAAGCAUGCUGAAGCACUCCAGGUCUCAUCGUGGUAAGAAACAGAGCUGUAGAUUAUGUGAUAUAAUAUUUACUGAUCAGUACAGCCUGCAGCAUCAUUACUGUACAAAUCAUGGAGAGGAAACGUUUGUAUCAAGGGGUCAUGACCUUGUCCAUAACAAACAUACACAAGAUCCUGUUCCUCAAAAACAUAGACUUGAUCCUCAGAAUCUCACAUCAAAUGGCAUGUUAGACAAUUCCCCAUUCCAUACAGAAUCCAGUUCUCGCCAACUGACACAGGAAUCUCUGUCACGACCAGCAUCGUCUGAGCUCAGCUACAGGUGCGAGUGGUGUGGAAGGUCAUAUGACAAAUAUCAGCUAUAUCUUGACCACUGCAUGACAUCCCAUGCUCAAAGGAAGAGCUACCAGUGUUUGAAGUGUCAUGCUAAAUUCUCCUGGAGAAACAGCUUACAUCAACAUGCUAAAUUCUGCAUGAACACUGAGAUAGAGAUCUAUAAAUGUGAUCAGUGUCCAUCAGAAUUCAAACGCAAGAGAGACUUAAAAGUUCACAUUGAAGGGAAACAUGGUGAGACAGAGAAACUACAUACAUGUUCCUGUGGUAAAACAUACAAAUGGCAGUCAGGCUUGGCCAGGCACAGGAGUAAGUCUGGUUGUUCUGUAGAGUAUGUCAUACAUCCUAGUAAGUUCAGGGCUUAGAGCAAAUAGAUCUGGCAUCAUACAUUUAUGUUUGUACAGUAUUUGUAAUAUGGUCAUGAAACUUUUGAAACAGGAAUCUCAUUCUAGCUUUCUGCUUUUCCUACAAUUUUGUCAACUAUUGAAUAAAAAAAUUCUUGUUUGAUGAUACAAGUAAUGAAAACCAGAUCAUGAGUAUUUAGAAAAUGACUUGUACUAAAGAAAAGGCUAUAUUUAUGUAGAUUUAGUUACACAUUUGCUUGAUAAUGAUAUCAGGCCAGAACUACCCUGGUUCAUGUCUUUUAUUCAAAAGUAUCAAACCUGUCUAUAAAGGUCAGUAAAGGGAGUAGUUAAAAGUGGACUUCAUUGACAGAUGACUUUUCUAACAAGGUUCAGUUACUCCCAUUUGUACUGGAACCCUAAACUAGUGAAUGACCUUUAUACACAGGUAUUUAUAAAGGUGGCCUUUAGGGCAGGUUUGACUUUUCAUUCUUAAUAAAUUUCGGUGUUGAUUAGGAAAUCAGAAACAGAACUCAAGAAAAUGCUACUUUUUACACAUACCACAAUUCUGGUAAUAGUUUAGAAAUUUAGAAAAUGUUAGCAGUAAGGUAAUGACAUUAGUUUUGUUUAAAAAAAAAUAAGGAUUAAAUAGAAACCUAUAUGUUUACUAUAUGACUUUUUUUUGUUUUUUGUUUUUUGGGGUUUUUUUUUUUUGUUGAAAUUAAUUUUCAAAGCUCAGAAGAACAGAAAAAUACUAGUGACUUUCAUUAAAAUCAAAUAUUUUCUAUUGCACCAUAAAACGCAAAUGAAGGUUCUUAUUUCUUACAAAGAACUUAAGUACACUUCAGGAAUAAUUUAGUGUAGAAUUUUUUUUACUACAGUUUUACAAUGUUACAAAUUAAGGUAUUAAGUAGUAAAAUUUUAAUUGUUUUAAUAAUCAUAAAGGAAUCAUGCCAAAAUAUUGGCAAAAAGUCAAAAUUUCCCAUAAAUGUGAAGAUAAACAAGGAAUUCUUUAAUGAUUGACAAGAUGUUUUUUAAGGUUUGUUUAUAAGGCAGAAGCUGGACACAGUUACAGUUAAGAUGUAGGUCUUUACACAUUUUGUUUACCACUAGAAAUUCAUUGCUGUUUUAGGUGAUUAUUAUAAAACCAUUUUGCAUUCAUUUACAGUGUUCCUGUGACUUAUUUUAGAUCUGUAUUGAGCCUCACUAAGCCUAUAAUUUCAUACACUUAAAACAUGGUUUUAUUUAUCUGAUUGUGAAGAAUUUAAUUUCUUGAGUGAAGAUAAAUUUUCAUUGUCAUCUGAUAUUACAGUUUCAGACUCGGGUUGUUUCCAUAUUUAUUAAAAUUUAUUUGCACAAGCUUACAUCUCACAGUGAACAUCCUCUAUAAAUUAUCACUUUAUUAUCUAUGUAAAUUUUCAUUAUCAAAUUUAUUAGUUCAACUAACUCUCCUGUGAACUGAAUCAUUUUUAUUCUGACCUAGUCAAAUUAAUGUGAAUAAAGUUACCUGAUGUUAUACAGAUACAUAUGCAGAUAUUUACUUUGAAUGGCAAUAACUGUCUCUAGAUUUUUAUCGUAUGGUACAUGAGGUACAUGUAUCCUGUAGUUAAUGAGAUUGUAUGUGUUAUACCUGUACAUGUAGCAUAUUAAUGAGUAUUAGUUAAUGAAAAGAUGAUUUCUAUUUUCAUCAUUGAAAAUGGUUGUUUGAUACACAACA